GAAGUUUUGCACGGGCAAAAAAGAAUUUUCUGGGAGGGGGGUACUAGUAGUAUUGGGCUUUGAAAAGAAAUAUCUUAGCCUGGUCCAGAAAAUAUCAUGACACGAGCAUAGUAGUAGCCUCGUCUGAACGCACCAAGUCACCGACCAACCAACCGGUCAGACUGAGCCACGGCAAUCAACGACUGACAGACAGCGUAAAUAACAAACAACAAACAAACUAACAAAACAAAUUUCAAAACUCCAAAUUCCUCACUUCACUCUCUCUCUCUCUCUCUCUCUCUCUCUCUCUCUCUCUUUACACAAUGGAAUCAUCAUCAUCUCAAUCCAACGAACCAGAACCAAUAGUAGUAGUAGAAGAAAAACAAAGAGAUAUAGAUAUAACAACUUCAACCGAACCCGGUUCAGAUAUCACUUGGAGAAGAACAACCGGUUCAGACCAAGAUAUGGAUCUCCCUUCAAGCCCUAGUAGUAGCGGUUACGCCGGUGAAGGAGGUGGUAGCACUAGUGCCACCACUGGUUCCUUAAUUGAGAUCGAACACGAUGAAAUUGAAGAAGAACAACAAUUGAGGAUUCAAAAUCAAAUCGAUGAAAUCUCGAUCACUGAUUCCAAUUCCUCUUGGAUUCCUGGAAAACGACACCAAAAUGAGGAUGAUGGUUCUAUAUCAUGGAGAAAAAGGAAGAAGCAUUUCUUUAUUCUUAGCAAUUCUGGAAAACCUAUAUAUUCUAGGUAUGGAGAUGAACACAAGCUUGCAGGAUUUUCAGCUACUUUGCAAGCAAUUGUUUCCUUUGUCGAGAACGAGGGUGAUUCUGUCAAAUGGGUGAGGGCUGGAAAGCAUCAGGUGGUUUUUCUUGUGAAAGGACCAAUUUACUUGGUCUGCAUUAGCUCCACGGAAGAACCUUAUGAGUCGUUAAGGGGACAGUUGGAACUAAUUUAUGGGCAGAUGCUUGUUAUAUUAACAAGAUCAGUAAACAGAUGUUUUGAGAAGAAUCCGAAGUUUGAUAUGACACCCUUACUUGGUGGAACAGACGCCGUCUUCUCUUCUCUAAUCCACUCUUUCAGUUGGAAUCCAGCUACAUUUCUUCAUGCCUAUACUUGCCUUCCUCUUUCUUAUGCAACAAGGCAAGCUGCCGGUGCUGUCUUGCAAGACAUUGCUGAUUCUGGUGUUUUGUUUGCAACACUGAUGUGCAGGCACAAGGUGAUUAGUCUUGUUGGCGCUCAGAAAGCUUCCCUUCAUCCAGAUGAUAUGCUGUUGCUGGCCAACUUUGUUAUGUCAUCAGAAUCGUUCAGGAUGUCAGAAUCAUUUUCUCCAAUUUGCUUGCCAAGAUAUAACCCUUCAGCAUUUCUGUAUGCUUAUAUCCACUAUUUUGAUGCCGACACAUACUUGAUGUUGCUAACCACUAAUUCAGAUGCAUUUUAUCAUCUUAAGGAUUGCCGGAUUCGUAUUGAAACGGUCCUUUUGAAGUCACAUGUCCUUAGUGAAGUUCAGAGGUCCUUGCUAGAUGGAGGAAUGCAUGUUGAGGAUCUACCACCAAUACCUCAGCCUGGAGUAUCUCAUUUGGGCCAGCACAUGCUUCCAUCAGAUUCUCCUGAAAGAUUUAAGGAAGCUAAUCAUAGCAUUGGAGGUCCUGCUGGGUUGUGGCAUUUCAUAUACCGCAGUAUAUACCUGGAUCAAUAUGUCUCUUCAGAGUUUUCAUCAUCAAUUAGUACUCGUCAGCAGCAGAAAAGACUGUAUAGAGCUUACCAGAAACUUUUUGCAUCAAUGCAUGAUAAAGGAAUCGGACCACACAAAACUCAAUUUAGAAGAGAUGAAAACUAUGUUCUUCUAUGUUGGGUGACACAGGAUUUUGAGCUUUAUGCUGCCUUUGAUCCCCUUGCAGACAAGGCUUUGGCAAUAAAGACAUGCAACCGUGUUUGUCAAUGGAUAAAAGAUGUGGAAAAUGAAAUAUUUUUGCUAGGAGCUAGCCCCUUUUCAUGGUGAUUUCUUUGCAAAUACUGUAAACAUUGUACUAUAAUUUUGUUUAAUAAAAUUCCUCUAGCAUUUAUUCUUUUUUAAAUAAUAAACAUUGUACUAUAAGUUAUUCCUUGACAUUCUAGCCUCAAAUUUUGAUCACUAA